AUGGACGUUGGCCGACGUCGGCUGCGCUGCAUAGGCCAUAUUAUCAACCUGGUCGUGCGAGCCGUCAUUUUCGGCUCAAACGUUAGCAGAUUCGAGGCGGAGCUUCGUGGCGCGACGGAUGAAUUCAGUUUCGAAAUCUGGGCCAAGAAAGGGGCCAUCGGCAGACUCCACAACCUUGCUACCUACAUCCGCCGGACGGACCAGCGAAGGCAAGCGCUCCGGCGCUUGCAGACCGAGCUCGCAGGGGACGAUGCUAUAUUUACAUUGGAGAUUGUUGUUGAUGGCAAGACACGCUGGAACUCCAUUCACAUGAUGAUUAACCGAGCGCUCGAGCUGCGCAGCGCCAUUGAACUGUAUCAAUCUCGCUGGCAAAAGCCGAAGAAUGAUCGCGUCCAUCGUGACCUAACGAAAGAUUUCCUCGGCGCUGCGGACUGGGCGGAACUGGAGCGCUUCCACAACUUCCUGAAGCCGUUUUACGUCCUUACAAAGACAAUGGAGGGCAACGCCAACAAUGCUAGCGCAGAGGGCGGGCACGGCGCGGUGUGGGAGACCCUCAAGACAAUGGACUAUCUGUUUGUCAAGUUCAAGCAGGCGGCGGAGGAAACUCGAUUCGAGGAGCCCUCCCAUUUUAAGUCGGGCAUCGACUGCGGGUGGAGGAAGCUCGAGGACUACUACGUCAAAACAGACCGUACUCCUGUGUACCGAGCCGCCCUAGCACUCCAUCCAUCGUAUGGGUACGACUACUUCGAGCGGCAUUGGAAAAGUGCGAUGAAUAGGCCGCAAUGGUAUAGCGACAUGCAGUCCGCUGUGGGUAGCCUAUUCGACGAAUACGCGCGACAGGCCGAAGUCGAAACUCAAGCUCAAGCGGGACUUCUGGAAGGCGAUGUUCAGAUUGAGGCUGAGGUCAACGACUACAGUUCCUUUGGGAAGAGGUCGAUCCGCUCAUUGAACACACAACGAAAGAAGGUCAAGGCAGUGACCGAGCUGGACAUAUUCCAGACGCGGCCAAUCUACGCCCACGAUCUCGACGUGGCAGACCCCCUUGAAUGGUGGAACAGACAUCAAUUGGAAUAUCCGGUCUUGUACAGGAUGGCACUGGAUCUGUUCUCAAUUCCUGGUAUGAGUGCUGAGUGCGAGAGGGUGUUCAGUCAGGCGAAGAAGAUGAUUACGGACGAACGCAAUCGCCUGGCGCCUGAGGCAGUCGAGGCAGAUCAACUUCAAAAGCAGUGGCUAUUGAGAGGUCUGGUGUAA